GGCGCCCAGUCGAAUUACGGUAGUCGAAUGUACUAAAUGUCAUAUACUAAAAAUGUUUAAAUGUUACGCCGUAGCCGCCAACGUUGGUAGCCGCUACUACACUACCGCUAGAUACAGUCUGCUGCUACAGUCCAUAAAGAAACUCUCCAAAGGACACGGUGGUCAAAGGUACAGUUUCCGAAUAAUUACACUUGUGGCGCAAUGGAACGCGUCUGACAUCUGCGGUAAUCGGCACAAAGUCGGUCCCAUGGCUGCCACGAGCUUCGAUCGCAGUGUGAUGAGCGAGUGUUUCCGCCUGGCUGAAGAAGCACUGUCGUCGGGUGAAGUCCCUGUCGGCUGUGUUAUGGUCUACGACGGCGAAGCCAUCAUUGCCCGUGACAGGAACCGCGUGAACGAGUCGAGAAACGCGUGUCGGCACGCCGAGAUGGGCUGCAUCGAGCAAGUGCUGGCCUGGUGCGCCGAUCGUCGGCUGCACUGGAAACACGUGUUCCCUGCCACCUGUGUGUACGUCACGGUAGAGCCGUGCAUCAUGUGCGCUUCGGCCCUGAGCGUACUGGGUGUCUCGGGGAUCGUGUUUGGCUGCGCCAACGAACGCUUCGGCGGAAUGGGAUCUGUCCUGAACUGCAUCGACGGCACCACCACUCGUGUCGUGUCCGGUGUGUGGGCCGAGCGAGCUGUCGACUUGCUGAAAACUUUCUAUGCAGGCGAAAACCCGAACGCUCCAAAAGUGCAUGGAAAGAGUGUCUGACCUUUUUGAUGGAGAUCCGUUUGAAGGAAGCUCGAGAUUUGUGCACUCACAUGGUUCCCGUCGCCUGCGCGUUAAGAAGGCAGGUCUGUACCUGCCUGCCGGUCAAGUUGACAUAGUCAUUGACGCAAACACCCUUUUGUGAAAAUGCCAAUCAAACGCUCUUUAAUGUGUGGGGGUGCUAUAUCACCCAUGUAGGGGCGACUGCCGUAGCUUGGGCGCGGCCGCUGUGUUUGGAACGCACGUGCUUGGCGUAAGCGGAGACGUUCGUCCAAGGUCGGGGAUGCGCUGGCUGUAACCAGAGUUUAGCGCGGUGGCGCCGGCAUCGCCGCCGCGGAGAAACGGCAUGUGGGUCUGGUGGGUCUUUUUUUGGGUGUGGCUGCGCGCGCGGAUGGACGUCUCCUCGCGGUGGGUCCGGGGGACGGUACCGCGGCUCGCUUCCCUCGGGCCCUCGUGGUGAGUCGUGCAUCUGCGGCGCCGCAUUUGUACUGCAUUAUGUCGUCUUAUGUUAUGGUGUAUUGUAUGUCUUUUAUUGUGCCUAAGUUUAGCAUGUUACGUGUUACAAAUUCGGCCCGCGAGCUCGCCAUAUAUCCGUUUUUGUUGCCCGACCGCGUGAACUGUCUCCGUGUGUUCCGAGGGCGGGGGCGAGUUUUAUCGCUCAGACCCCACAAAUGUA